AUGGUUCAUCAUAUUCAUAUCGCCGUUUUAGAUGUCGAUAUCCCAGCUCGAAAACUAUACGAGGCUCGAGGACUCUGUAGUGCCCACUUCCGAACCAUCCUCCGCGAGACUGCCUUACGACUGAACGAGACUCUUUUCUCCGAGAAAGAGCAACUCGAAAUCAAGAUCACCCCAUAUGAUAUCCGAGGAGGCCAUUACCCCGAACUAUACAAGCUGCGCGGUCAUGUAGCCGAGAGCCAAAUACUCGUGCAAUCCCCAGUGGACGCAGUCUUGAUCACCGGAGGGUCGCCUGGCGUAUACGAAAUGAAUCAUUCCCCGUGGAUGCAAGAACUCGAAAAAUUCGUCAAAACAGUUUACAACCAAUACCCACAAGUCCGCAUCCUUGGCACAUGCUUCGGCCAUCAACUGAUUUCGCACGCUCUCGUGCGCAAUGUGGAUGACCCGGUCCGCGAUGUCUGGGUUGAAAAAUGCCCUCUCGGUCGUGAAGUCGGAAUUCAUACCGUUCGACUGGAAAAGGCAUUUGUACAGUCAUUCCCUGGUGCACUCGGUGAUCUUCCUGAGGGACAGUUGCGUAUUCAGAUGUUCCAUGGCGAUCGGGUGAUGGCGGUUGAGAAGGGAACUGCUGUUACCCUUACCGACUGCCCGCCGGUUUCGCUGCCCGCGCCGUGGAUCAAUAUUGGAAGUACACCAAUCUGCCCUAUCCAGGGAUUGUACUACCCCGGUAGAGUGCUGUCGGUGCAGGGUCAUUAUGAAAUGGAUGUCUUUGGCAUGACCAAAAUGUGCUUGGAAUCUGCGCCGGUCAUGGGCUGGAAGGAGUCAAAGUUGGCGUUGUUCUUGCAGCAAGUUGGGAAUGAAUUUGAUGAGGGUCAGGAUGAUUCCAAAGCAUUUGCGUCGGCCGUGGUGUCUUUCUUGGCUGGAUUUGAACAAUGA